UUUUUUUUUUUUUGUUUAGGUUUCACAGAGGAAGUGACAAACAAUAUGACCGACAAUGUUUGCAACACUGAAUUUGUCUGAGUCCGAGGAGACCAAUCUAACCAGCACAGAUACGCAAAUGCUUCUAGAACGGCACAGGCCUAUUAAAAUUGGCAUAAUAUCAGUUUUAGGUGCGAUGAUCACGUUGGGGAAUAUUGCAGUUAUUAUGGUGAUUUCUUCAUCGGUGUCCGGCUGGUCAAGGAACUCUCGAUACUUUUUACUCUCACUCACAGGUGCUGAUUCGGCGUUUGGACUGAUCAUCACGCCCUUGAAUCUGUGCGUCAGUCUUGCGAAAGACUACAGUGAAGGCCCAGACUCCCUCUGUCACAUUGUGGCUUUCUUCAACGCGACGAUCUAUUCGACUUGCAUGUACACACUGGCUACAAUAAGUCUAGAAAGAUACAUAGCAGUGUUUUACCCACUGAAGUACUCAUCACUGAUGACAAGGAGAAGAACGCUGCUUCUGAUCGCGUUUGCAUGGUGUUUUCCUCCAUUUUUACUUGUGCCCAUAUCUUUUCCUAACGGGAUAAUUGAGGUCCACUUUUCUACAGCGUCACUGGUUUGCAAUCCAUCGUACUCUACUAACGUUGUGUACACUCUAACGUUGACGUGCCUCAUCUUUUUUCCUUGUUCAAUCAUCAUGACUUGCGCAAACCUGCGCCUUUGGUUUGCUGCAAAGAGACAGCGGGUAAAGAUGCGGGCACAACACCUGGGUCGUCACAACAGACCCGACGUAGCCUCCAGGGUGCUUGUCCCUGUAAUGACCGUGUACUACACAUGUUGGACGCCGUGCAUGGCGGCAAUUAUCUAUAAUGCCAUCUCGGGCAACAGAGUUCCAGAGUGGAUGGAGUUUGGGGUGGUGUGGCUGCCAACCUCCAACGGUUUCCUCAACUGCAUCUUCUACUUCUGGAUCAACCGCAGCUUCCGUAGAAAGUUCUGCCUGCUCUUCCAGCGGCUGUGUCUCACAUUGUGCCCAGAUUUGGCCAAGGCCCUGGGCUGCACAGCCAGCUCACAGACUGUAGUCUGGGACAAUAACAACACCCUCCAGGAGCGCUGCUCCAGUGUGUCGUCAACCUGCACCCUGAUCACCCUGGCCAGUGACACCCCCUUCUGAGGGAUUAGGCUUCUCAUAGACAUGGUACUCACUCACAUUAUUCAAUGAUACAUCUGGUAAGUUUCAACACCAAACACCUGAAGGACAUGUAGGAGAGCUGCUUGUAUUGAGACGGUGGUAUCAGGUUAUAUUUAAAAACAAAGUGUGGCAAGGAGACAUGGGAGUGCUGUCAGGCCAUGGUGUGGUGUUUGACAGGGGCUUUGAAGCAUUUAUCUUCCUCACCAUCACUAUGCAGUUUGAGUUAGCUUGAAUUUUUUUUUUUUUUUUUGAACCCAAACAUAAUUCUUUGAAAUUUUAUUCAUCCCCAAUUGACAGUAUUUGGUCCAUGCUGGAAUGUUUCUUUUUUUUAUAGAUUUUUUUGUUUGUUUUACAUUUUACUGUCACACCAAGUGUUGUCAGAAUUUCAUGCACCAACAGUGAAGACCUCUUAAACCACAUUUUUAGUAUUUUUUUUUUAGUUUGUAAAUCCAUCUGAAUGUAGCCCUCAUCCAGCCAUGUCUCCCGCCACCUUGUUUGUAUUUGCAUUAUCAGUAUUUUACGCGGUGCUACAAUUUUAUCUGCAGGUUGUCUACAGCCCAUCAAUAUGUUGCACUUAAAUGUCAAUAAUGUUUAAUUAAUUGAAAUAUUUAGCCAUCAAACAAUAAAAUGUAUUUGUUGAACUUCA